GGUUCCUGCCUGCAGCAGUGACGCUACUGCAAGGAAGAGAGAGAGAAAUAGAGAGAGAGAGAGAGAGAGAGAGAGAGAAGGGGAGGGGAAAAAAAAGCCGGAGCACGGAACAAGGACGUGUCUUCCGUGGAUCCGUUUUGGAGCAAGGCUACGUUUUCCUGGGAAUAAAUGAAAUCCGUGACCCACCGAGGACCUGUGCAUGUGUAGCUGGACAUUCGAAAAGGGACAAAAACUAAACUGGGCUGCUGAGGAUUUUCGCAAGAGGAGGGGCAGACGCGCUUUUUGUAGCAUUGCAGAUCCCGGACUGAUGCAUAGGCUUUUUGUGUGUGUGUGUGUGUGUGAGGGCAUGACAGAUGAGCGCAUAUGUACAUAUUAACCGAAUUGAGAAGAGGUCGCAUUUUUUUCUUUGCAAGCACUGCAUUUAAUUCUGGAAAUAGGAAAAAAAGGAAAGGAAAAGAUACACUUUGGAGACGUCAGAUCUACCGGCCAAGGCGUUUUGCAGAUCUCCCUAAAUGUCUCUAGAUGAUGGGGAUAUGAUUUGUCACACUGACGUUCUAUCGAAGUGUGUAUGUAUGUAUGUGUGUGUGUUGGAUCAUGACUUAAAGGUUUCAGCUAUGCAGCACUUCAGCUUUUAAAUGCUGAGAGACACCCGGAGGUGCUCCUCGGGUAGUCCAGGCGAGUUUGGAAGCUGGAUUUUGAAGCAGAAAGAAGGCACCAGGAGCAGCCGUGCGUCAUGUCUGGAGAGGUGCGUUUAAAGCAGUUGGAGGAGCUCGUGCUGGCCGGGCCGGCGCGCGCUGGGGGACACUGUCUCAGCGUGGAGACGCUUCUUGAUGUCCUCGUCUGUCUCUACGACGAGUGCAAUAACUCAGCCCUCAGACGAGAGAAGAACAUCUUGGAAUUUCUUGACUGGGCCAAACCCUUCACCUCCAAAGUGAAGCAGAUGCGCCUGCACAAAGAGGACUUUGAGAUCCUGAAGGUGAUUGGACGAGGAGCGUUUGGAGAGGUGGCUGUUGUGAAGGUGAAGAAUGCAGACAAAGUGUUUGCUAUGAAGAUUUUAAACAAAUGGAAGAUGCUGAAGAGGGCUGAGACGGCAUGUUUUCGGGAGGAGCGGGAUGUUCUGGUAAACGGGGACAGCCAAUGGAUCACUACUUUACAUUAUGCCUUCCAGGAUGAGAACAACUUGUACUUGGUGAUGGACUACUACGUCGGCGGUGACCUGCUGACUUUGCUCAGCAAGUUCGAGGAUCGCUUGCCUGAGGACAUGGCGAAAUUUUACCUGGCAGAAAUGGUGUUGGCUAUUGACUCUGUACAUCAGCUGCACUACAUCCACAGGGACAUCAAACCCGACAACAUAUUGCUGGACAUGAAUGGCCACAUUCGCCUGGCAGACUUUGGCUCCUGUCUGAAACUCAUGGAGGACGGAACAGUGCAGUCCUCGAUUGCAGUGGGAACUCCAGACUACAUCUCUCCUGAGAUCCUGCAGGCCAUGGAGGAUGGGAAAGGAAAAUAUGGGCCAGAGUGUGAUUGGUGGUCUCUGGGAGUGUGUAUAUAUGAGAUGCUGUACGGAGAGACGCCGUUUUACGCCGAGUCACUAGUGGAGACGUACGGCAAAAUCAUGAACCAUAAGGAGCGCUUCCAGUUUCCCACCCAGGUGUCCGAUGUAUCUGAGGAGGCCAAAGACCUCAUGCGCAGGUUGAUCUGCUCCCGUGAGCACCGACUGGGCCAGAACGGCAUCGAGGACUUCAAGAGUCACCCCUUUUUCUUAGGCAUCAGAUGGGAUGACAUCCGCACUUGCGAGGCUCCGUACAUCCCUGAAGUCAGCAGCCCCACCGACACAUCCAACUUUGACGUGGAGGAUGACUGCCUGAAGAAUUUGGAGACGAUGCCUCCACCCUCCCACGCGGCCUUCUCUGGACUCCAUCUCCCGUUUCUUGGCUUCACCUACACUAGCAAAUGCUCUCUGUCUGACCGGGGCUGUUUGAAAGACUCUGGAGGCUCUUCAGGGGUGGAUUCUCGUGUCCAGAGAACCUUGGAGGACAGCUUGGCCUCGGAGGCGUAUGAAAGAAGAAUCCGCCGGCUGGAGCAGGAGAAAACAGAGUUGAGCCGCAAGCUCCAGGAGGCCACACAGACAGUACAGGCUUUGCAGCACACCAAUUCAAAUGUGCCACCUGGUGCCAACAAAGAGGUGGAAAUAAGAAGCCUAAAGAGUGAGAUAGACAUCUUGAAAAAGCAGAUUGCAGAUUCAGGUCAUUUAGAGCAGCAGCAGUUUGAGGAUUCCAACGUGGCACGGAAAGAUUUCGACUCCUCAAAGAUGAUAAAGACCCUGGAAAGGCAGCUUCAGGCUGUUGCACUGGAGAAAGAUAACCUGCACAAGGAGCUUUUAGACACCAAGGAGAAGCUGAAGGCACAGGGAAAGGAGAUAAAGGAGGCACACAGUCAAAGGAAGAUGGCCAUGCAAGAGUUCUCCGAGGUGAACGAGCGCCUCACUGAGCAGCGUUCGCACAAGCAGCGGCUCGCACGCCAACUCCGAGACAAGGAGGAGGAGGUGGAGGGUCUUUCACAGAAGAUGGAGACGCUGCGGCUGGAGAUACGCAAGGCUGAGAGAGCACGUAAAGAGUUGGAGGUGCAGGCUGAGGAGCAGGCUGCUGAGGUGCAGAAAGAGAGGAAACUGCGAGAGAGGAACGAGCAGUUCAGCAGACAGCUCGAGGAGGAGCUGGAGAGCUUCAAGGCUGGACCGCUGCACCCAGGAGCGAGUGCGGAGCAGCAGGAAGUGACGUGGCUUCGGGCAGAGCUGGAGAAGAAGCGUGUGCAGCACGAGGAGGAACUGUGUCGCAGGGAGACGCAACAGAAUGCUGAGCUCAAGAGCCACAGGAAAGAGUUGAAUGAAGCUGAGGCCCAGCAGCUCAACCUGCAGAAGGAGAUCCUUGUGCUCAAAGACAAGCUGGAGAAGACACGACGAGAAAUCCAAAGUGAGCGUGAGGAGUUUGAAGCAGACUGCAAACAGAAGUACGAGCGGGAAAAGGGGCUUCUGGUGGAGGACAACAAGAAGCUAACUGUUGAGCUGGAGCAGAUGAAGGUCAUGUACGACACAUUGAGCAGUAGCCACAAGCAGGUGGAGGAGGAGAUCAGGGAGCUGGCUGAUAAGAAGGAGAGCGUCGCACACUGGGAGGCUCAGAUCACCGAGAUCAUCCAGUGGGUAAGUGAUGAGAAGGAUGCUCGAGGCUACCUCCAAGCACUGGCCACUAAGAUGACAGAGGAGCUAGAGGGUCUGAGGAACAGCAGCCUGGGAGCCCGAGGCACAGACAUGCCAUGGAAGAUGCGCCGUUUAGCUAAGCUGGACAUGUCAGCCCGUCUGGAGCUGCAGUCUGCGCUGGAUGCUGAAAUCCGGGCCAAGCAGGCCAUACAAGACGAGCUAAACAAGAUCAAGGCCUCCAAUAUCUCCACAGAGUGUAAACUGCAGGAGUCUGAGAACAAGAACCGGGUGAUGCAGGCCGAGAUCGAGAGGUUACAGAAGGAGACGGAGGACCUGCGUCGCAGAAAAGGUGUAAAGCAUCAGGAUUCCCAGAACUCUUUCCUGGCUUUUCUGAAUGCUCCUUCUUCUGUGCUAGAUCACUUUGAGCGCUCACCAUCAUGGGGUCCUGGAAGCAAAGGCCGACGUAUCGACUCUGGUGACUUUACUCCAUAUAACACUCCAUCACGGGAUGAGGAUUCCAAAUCGCGCCACAUGUCCCGCUCUCGCUCGCCAUCCACUGCUAGUGACAUGGAGCCUAUAGAGCUGGUGGAUCACUCGUCACGUCUUCACACGCCGACCAGCAGAUCCAGCUACAGCAGCCAGGACCACCCCUGUAAUAAACAGCCGAAGCCUCAUCAGUUUGCUGUGAAAUCCUUCAGCAUCCCCACCAAGUGCAACUACUGCACCUCGCUUAUGAUCGGCCUCAUGCGGCAAGGCUGCACAUGCGAAGUGUGCAAUUUCUCCUGCCAUGUCAUGUGUGCGGAUAAAGUUCCCUCUGUUUGCCCCGUCCCUCCCGAUCAGACCAAAGCGCCGCUGGGUAUCGACCCGCUGAGGGGUAUCGGCACCGCCUACGAGGGAUAUGUGAGGGUGCCGAAGCCCACAGGGGUGAAGAAGGGCUGGCAGAGGGCUCUAGCUGUUGUGUGUGACUUCAAGCUAUUUCUGUACGAACUUGGUGAAACCAAAACCACUCAGCCCAGUGUGAUAGUGAGCCAAGUCAUUGACAUGAGAGACGAAGAGUUUUCAGUGAGCUCCGUCUUGGCCUCGGAUGUCAUCCACGCAAACAGGAAGGACAUUCCGUGCAUAUUCCGGGUAACAGCAUCUCAUCUGUCCUCCCUGUGCCAGAAGACGUCCAUUCUGAUUCUGGCUGAUAGCGAUCAUGAGCGCACCAAGUGGGUGAAUCUUCUGCUUGAGCUGCAUCGCAUUCUCAAAAAGAACAAGCUAAAGGAUCGCUCUGUCUACGUGCCCAAAGAAGCUUAUGAUAGCGCGCUGCCUCUCAUCAAAACCACCCAGUCUGCUGCUAUUAUAGACCAUGAGCGUGUGGCUCUCGGGAACGAGGAAGGCCUUUACGUGGUCCAUGUCACCAAAGAUGAGAUCAUCCGUGUGGGCGACAACAAGAAAGUGCACCAUGUGGAGCUGAUGCCUUCCGAGCAACUGCUAGCCGUGAUCUCAGGCAGGAACCGUCACGUGCGUCUCGUGCCCAUGGUUGGUCUUGAUGGCCGUGACACCGACUCCUUUAAACUGCUCGAGACGAAAGGGUGUCAGCUGCUGGCAUCGGGAAAACCUCGGCAAUCCGCCCACACGUGCCUGUGUGUGGCCAUGAAGCGGCAGGUCAUCUGCUAUGAGCUCAACAAGAGCAAAGUGCGGCACCAGCGCCUCCGUGAGAUUCAGGUGCCAGGUGUGGUUCAGUGCAUGGCGUUUCUGAGCGAGUACCUCGUGGUGGGAUUUCAGGGCGGCUUCAUGCGCUACAGCCUGCACUCGGACACUCCUCCUGUCAGCCUCCUGCAUCCGGAUGAUCACACGCAGGCCUUCAUCACGCAGCAGAGCAUGGAUGCGUUGUGCGCCGUGGAAAUUUCCAGCAAGGAGCUGCUGCUGUGCUUUAGCUGUGUAGGGGUCUGUGUUGAUCUCCACGGCCGACGCUCACGCCAGAUGGAGCUGAUGUGGCCUGCUGUUCCCACCUCCUGCUGCUACAGCGCCCCCUACCUCUCAGUGUACAGCGAGAAUGCGGUGGACGUGUUUGACAUCAACACAAUGGAAUGGAUUCAGACCAUUCCACUGAAAAAGAUGCGGCCGCUGAAUGUGGACGGAUCUCUGAAUCUCCUCGGCUCAGAAACAGCCAGACUCGUCUACUUCAGGAACAAGACUGCAGAGGGAGACGAGCUUGUGGUACCCGAGGUGUCGGAUAACAGCCGCAAGCAGAUGGUGCGCAGUAUGAACAACAAGAGACGCUUCUCAUUCCGCAUACCUGAAGAGGAGAGACUACAACAAAGGAGAGAGAUGCUGAGGGACCCAGAGAAGAGAAGCAAGCUGAUCUCCAACCCCACCAACUUCAACCAUGUGGCUCACAUGGGACCUGGAGACGGCAUGCAGAUUCUCAAGGACCUACCCAUGAACGUGCGUGCUCAGGAGAACCGGUCUGGCUUCAGUGGCUCAGUCAGCAUCCCGUCCUUAACAAAGAACCGGACUGAACCCGGUCGCUCCAUGAGUGCCAGCAGUGGCCUGGGUAUACGUUCCUCCUCUCAGAAUGGCAGCGCUCUGAGGAGGGAGCUCUCGAGCAGUAGCUACAGCUCCAAACGUCAAACCAUGACCUCUCCGUCUGAGAGCUCUCUGUCGUCUGGUGGAGGCAUGGAUGCAGGAGACGCACAGCUUUCUCAGUUUGACCGUGAGUGGCAGGCUGUCUCGCCCUCGGAGAAGACGCCCGACCUGAAACGGGCUUUAAGGACCCUGCUUAGUAAGAUGAAGGAUUCGGAUUCGCCGCGUCACUCCACUGCCUCAAACAGCUCGACCUUCAGCAGCCCUCCCAGUCCUUCAUCACCGCACAAGACCAAGUCUCUUUCCCUGGAGAGCACGGACCGGGUCGGCUGGGACACAUGAUGGAUGCAUCACAGGACUAAUGGGCGGCGUGUGCUGGUCCUGCAUAUGUCCAUGCCUGUACAAAUCAAACGCAAGCACUACUGGAUCCUCUCUCUUUAUUUAUCCAGCUUCUUAAGAGAGGAAAAUAUGUCGCUGAGUGUGUGCACGUGCGUGUGUGUCUGUCUGUGUGUGUGUGUGUGUGUGUGUGUGUGUGUGUGUGUGUGUGUGUGUGUGUUGGCCCAGGGCAUCACUUGCUCUCUUCCUCUCAUUUUGGCUCAACGUGUGAAUCGAACCUGAGCCUUUUCAAAGACUACAUGUGGACUUGAUUGUACUAGAGUUUGUAUAUAAACUGGGAUUCGGAGUGAAAUAUUUAUUUCUCAGUCCAAUAUUAGCUGUUUAAUAUUUUUUUUCUUUCCAAACUAUGGAUCAUACAAAUAACCACAAUCAUUGGGGAAAAACAGAUGGCUUUUCUUUCUGGAAUGUGAGAAAUCUGGAGACCCGGUUACUUCUUAAACUGCCAUUCUGAUUGGCUACAGCUUCCUCCAAUCCGGCGUAGAGGUUUCCCCACUUUCACACCCAAGUCACACGGCAUCUUCAAGCUACACCAAAAUCUUGGUACUGCCGUGGUCACUACCUACAGCGGGACUUCAUCAUUAGUGCACUGGAUUUCCACCACUGUGCCACUGGACAAAUAAAAAAGUCUCAAAAAGCA